ACUCUGGGAGAGCCCGAGGACCCACUACCUCAUCGCCCGGAGGGGAGGGCGCGCUUGUGGCGUGGUGGGGGCGGGUGGGAGGGUGACCUUGGAGGACAAGAAAUGCUGAGGUCAGGGUGGUGGUGAUAGAAUUAGCUGGGGACUAGCUCUAGAAGCGCUUGCAAGGAGGACGAGCUGGGUGAUCCAGGAGGGUGUGGCCGUGUCUGGUGUGGGAUGCAGUGGAAAGGAAGGGCCAAACCGCAAAUCCGGAGUAGAUCUGUGGAUGGUUCCUCAGAGGCGUUCUCUUUCUGGUUGUCCUUUUACUUGGCAACACGAGAGUCCUCAUGGUCUGUGUUCAAGUUCUUGGAACUCUGUCUUUGGGUGAAUCUAACCUGCAUUAGAGGACUGCGCAGGGCCUUUUGUGAUACUGGGUACAUACGUGGGGAAGAUGUCAGAAAACAGGAAGCCGCUUCUGGGUUUCGUGCAUAAACUCCAAGAUGCGAACGCAUCUGGAAGCUCAGGCAAGACUCACUGUCCUACAUGUCUGAGGCUUUUCAAAGUCCCCAGGCUCUUGCCUUGCUUGCACACGGUGUGCACCACGUGUCUGGAAAAGCUGGAUCCAUUCUCAGUAGUGGACACCCGUGGGGGUGACUCAGAUACAAGCUCUGAGGGGUCUGUAUUCCAGGACCCCGAGUUAUGUAGCCUGCAGCCACAGAUCGGCAUCCUCUGUCCGGUAUGUGAUGCUCAAGUGGACCUGCCCUUGGGUGGAGUGAAGGCUUUAACGGUAGACCACCUGGCCAUGAAUGAUGUGCUGCUGGAGAACCUGCGUGGGGAAGGCCAGGGCCUGGUGUGUGACCUGUGCAGCGACAGAGAAGUAGAGAAGAGGUGUCAGACCUGCAAAGCCAAUCUCUGCCACUUCUGCUGCCAGGCUCAUAGGCGACAGAAGAAGACGACGUAUCACACCAUGGUGGACCUGAAAGACCUGAAAGGCUACAGCCAGGUUGGAAAGCCCAUCCUAUGUCCUUCUCACCCUGCAGAGGAGCUGAGGCUGUUCUGUGAACUCUGUGACCGGCCGGUGUGUCGGGACUGUGUAGUCGGCGAGCACCGAGAGCACCCCUAUGACUUCACCAGCAAUGUCAUCCACAAGCAUGGAGAUUCUGUGCGGGAGCUGCUUCGAGACACCCAGCCCCAUGUGGAAGCCCUGGAAGAUGCCCUGGCACAGAUCAAAAGUGUGAACAACGCCCUCCAAGAUCGAGUGGAGGCAGUGGCAGCUGACGUCCGGACAUUCUCUGAGGGCUACAUCAAAGCCAUCGAGGAACACCGGGACAAGCUACUGCAGCAGCUGGAUGACAUACGGGUCCAGAGGGAAACCGCUUUACAGCUGCAGAAAGCGCAGCUGGAACAGCUGCUGGCAGAUAUGCGGACUGGAGUGGAGUUCACCGAGCAUCUGCUGACCAGCGGCUCAGACUUAGAGAUUCUCAUCACCAAGGGAGUGGUUGUAGAGCGGCUCAGGAAGCUGAAUAAAGUUGAAUACAGUGCCCGCCCAGGAGUGAACCAUAAGAUCUGCUUCUCCCCCCAGGAGAAGGCAGGCCAGUGCCAAGGCUAUGAAGUGUAUGGGGCCAUUAACACGCAGGAAGUUGAUCCAGCUCAGUGUGUCCUUCAGGGAGAAGAUCUCCACAGAGCUCGAGAGAAACAGACAGCCUCUUUUACCUUGUUCUGCAAGGAUGCUUCGGGACAGAGCAUGGGCAGGGGAGGAGAUAAUGUCCAUGUGGAAGUUGUCCCCAAAGAUAAGAAGGACAGUCCGAUCAGAACAGUGGUCCAGGACAACAAGGAUGGGUCGUACCGCGUUUCCUACACCCCCAAGGAGCCUGGCAUCUACACCGUGUGGGUCUGCAUCAGAGAGCAGCACGUGCAGGGCUCACCAUUCAACGUGACGGUGAGGAGGAAGCAUCGGCCACAUCCGGGUGUGUUUCAUUGCUGCACCUUCUGCUCCAGCGGAGGCCAGAAAGCUGCCCGCUGUGCCUGCGGAGGCACCAUGCCAGGUGGAUACCUUGGCUGUGGCCACGGACACAAAGGCCACCCGGGCCGUCCACACUGGUCUUGCUGUGGGAAGUUCAUUGAGAAGUCCGAGUGCUCGUUCACAAGUGGGCAGGGCGCCCCGAGGAGUCUGCUUAGGACCGUGGCGCUCUGAUGCUUCCUGGGGACAAGUCGGGCCAGGUAACCCUGAAGCUAGCAUAACUUCAGAUAUGCAGAGAAUCCAGAGCUUGAGUAGUUCCAAAGAGACUGACAGAAUUAAAGACAAAGUGCUUUCUCUAACAUCAGACUUCAAGUGCUUUCUGUGUGAGCAUCUCACGUGUACCAUGGCGGAGUGCAGGCCUCCCCUAUACCGCUCCUCAAGGCAGGCUGCUGAUCUACUCCACGGAAAGCUCUCCUGUUUUAUACAGGCAUCGAGGUGUCUGUGCCAUGGGACCAUGAGCUCCUGGAGCAGGGAGGACUUUAUGCCUUCCUUUCCACUGUGUUACAGCCUCUCCGGUUUACCCCUGAGCUAGAGUUUAAGGGCUUCUCCUGGAGGAUGAAACCCUCUGACCCAUCAUUUGUUUGUUGUAUACUUUCAGUGGUUUCCUAGUACACGGUUUAUGAUGAUUAUCACGGUUUUGUCGUCUAGAUGAGCGCCUGAGUGAUGCUCAUGUGUAGGCACACAAGUAGACAGUAAGGAGGAAUGGUGUGGCGAGCGCUCAGCCAUCUGCUGCAGUUCUCUACAUCAGAUGACAGUGAGUCCUCCAUCCACACAGCUCUCACUUAAUGGAGGGUUUGCGCUGCCCUCUCUACCCUGCAACAGCUGAAAGCACUGACUCUGCAGGGCACCCCCUAGCGGCUACAGGAUUCUGGGAGGAAGACUUAGCACUCCCUCAGCCCAGCCAAGGUCUUCCCAGUAGAGAUUUUGUGUUUUCUGGGAUUCUUGGUUUCUGACACAGCAGUAAACUCACAACAUAUGAAACUGAAUUACUGAAGUUUGCAUUAUAGGAUCUCAUAGGGAGUGGUGGCUCAUUGGAGGGGCGAUUGGGUGAAGGAAAGGAAGCGAAACACUUAGACGACCCCGCUGUCAGGUUACACUUCCUUUUCUUAGCCUUUAAGAUAAGAUACAUUAAGAUAAUUAAGACAUUAAGACACUUUCUUCCUUUUCUGCGAACAGUCCCCCUGAGCCCCUUUCUGGAAGCAAAAUCUGAUGUUCCCAGAAGACAACACUGCCCGCCCCCCUCGCCCCCCGCUGGUUGUUGUUUGCUCCUCACUCUGUCUGUCCACCCCCACACUCCCAGCCCCACCCCGAGCCAGGUCGGGUGCCUCCUGAGCUUGCCAUGGCUGCUUUGAGAUCACUGGUUCUCAGCCAGGGUGGGUCUGCCCCACCCCACCUCCCAGGGGCGUGUCUUACAGAAUCUUGGGGAUAUGGGUUCUAGCAUAGCAGCAUUGAGUAGGGCCACAGGUCAGUUUAUUCAACUGCAGGAUAGCUUUCUGCAGCAAAUGGAGCAUGCUCUGCCUCCCUGCAGUGCCAUCUUCAUGUCUGAUGAGGCGUCCAUCCUGCAUUCUGCUCAAUGGUUCCCUCCCAGGCUCCUUAGCUCGGCCUUGCACUGUGCUGUUGUCGGUAUGCUCAGUAGAGUCAAAGAGCAGUCCUUCCAUUUCUCGCCUGUUUCCUCCCAUGACCUCCUUCUGACUUAAAUACCACUUAGACACGGUGACUCCCAAGUCCCCUGCAGGUCACUCUCUAGAUGAUUAUGAGGUCCAGUGGCAUACAUCAUCACAUCUCCUCUUAUGUAAGCCCCUCAUUCAAAUUUAAAUGGCUCCCAGUGUCCAGUUCUCACUUGCUCCUGCCUGUCAUCACCAAACAGCUUCUCCUGGAGUCCUCUCCACACUUUAAAAGAGAGUAAGUCUGUCCUUAGGUGGGGCAGCCUGGAAACUCCUUGAGUGUCACACCAUAUCCAAACCACUGGUAACUCCUGUCAGCCUUACUUUCACUGACUCCUGCUCUCUGCAUCCACUGCUACUAUCCUGGUCUGACAAGCCGAGACUUCCCACCAGAAAGCUCUGCCUAUCUUCUCGCCAGCCUGCUUCCACAUCAGGUCAUUCUGCUCAGUGCCUCCAGUGACCACUCACUCAUCUCAGAACAGAGGCAGCUCACCUGCUUCACAUUACCAUGUGCCAGCGUGGUCUGAUCCAUGGUCUUCUCUUCCUACCCAGCUCCGCCUUCUGUCUAGGCACAGUGGCCCUGCCGGCCGCUGCUCAGGCUCAGCAGCCUCUUCUUGGAGCCUUUAUAGUAACGGGCCUUCUAUCUGACAGUCCUUCUCAGGAUGCAUACGCCUUGACUUCAAGUUUCUGCUCUAGUGUCAGCUACCGUCCUGAAUGAGGUUCCUAACCAUCCUGAGUCAAACAGAAGAAUCACACCCAGGAGGAUGCAUCCCCUGCCCCGGCUUCAUCACCAGCUGCCGGGUGAUGUUUUGUCUUACAUCUGCUGUACCGGACUCUGAGCUCCGUGAGGGCAGGGAGCUGACAUUCAGUAACUGUAUUAUCCCCAUGCAGGUCAGACUUUGGCUCACAACAAAUAGUAUGUUGAAUGAAUAAAAAUUAAAGUUGGUA